UCCGAUUUGAGAAUGACUACCCUACUUCCCGCCACACCAUUCCAACGACCGUUCCCUCGUCCGUUCAAAGUUCAAACCGUGUACACCGGUUCCCGCGUCCUCUUCCGGUCCCAGAAAUGUCAAAACUACUACACCGCAGGAAUCCAAACAGGGAAUUACUCUCGGAUGUGCCUUGUUUGAUGGGUUGCCUUGCGACGAAGUUCAUCUGUUGAGUGAUUGGCCUCACCUGCUCAAGAUCUCAGCCAGGUCCGGCGAUUUCUUACUGGGUCUAGCGAUUCACGCGUGCUUAGUGAAAUCAGGGUUCGGGGAUGACCCAUUUAAGGGGAACAACGUUGUCGAAUUCUAUUCGAAAUUGGGUAGAACGGAUUUGGCGAGGAAGGUGUUUGAUGAAAUGUUUGUGAGAAAUACCAUUACUUGGACGUCAUUGAUUAAGGGGUACUGCGAUAAUGAAGACCGAGCGGGUAUGCUUGAAGCUGUGGUUAAAAUGCAUCAACUGGGAGAAAAGUUUAACGAGCAUACUUGCUCUGUGAUUCUGCAGGCGUGUAGCUCACAAGGGGACCAGAUAUUGGGGGAACAAAUUCAGGGUUUUGUUGUGAAAUGUGGGUUUGAGGAGAAUGUUUAUGUGAGCACUUCUUUGAUUUCGAUGUACUCAAGAAGUGGGCAGUUGAGUGAAGCAGAGAAAAUCUACAGUAGCAUACCGGGUAAAGAUUUUCGCUGCUUCAACUUGAUGAUUUUGGAAUAUGGUAAUGGGGGAUGUGGUGAGACAGCUAUGGAGGUUUUCGUGGAUCUGCUUUCUGCUGAUUUGGUGCCGAAUGAUUAUGCAUUCACUAACACGCUUAGCAUGUGCAACGAAACUCUAGGUGUUGAGGAAGGUAGGCAAUUGCACGGCCUUGGAAUUAAGUUCGGUUUUGUAGAUGAAAUAUCAGUUGAAAAUGCAAUUAUUUCCAUGUAUGGAAAGAAUGGAAUGGUUAAAGAGGUUGAAACAGUGUUUUCUGCUAUGAACCACAGGAAUUUGAUUACUUGGACUGCUCUUAUCUCAAGCUACAUAAGGAAUGGUUUUUAUCAACAAGCUUUUGGUGCUUUCUUUGUGUUCCUGGGACUUGGUGUCAACUGUGACUCUAACUUGUUUUCUACCAUUCUAAAUGGAUGUUUGGAAUGGCAGAACUUAGAAUUGGGAGCUCAAGUUCAUGGAUUGGUUACAAAGCUUGGUUAUCUCCAUGAUCCUGAGGUUGUAGCUGUUCUUGUAGAAUUAUAUGGCAAAUACGGGAACAUGCAGUUGGCAAGAGUAAUGUUAAGAUCUGAUGGAAAUAAACCUGAGUCUGUCUCUUUAUCACGCCUCUUCAGUUUAUCUGCUACUCAACCUUCCUUAGUAAGCGGGAAAAUACUCCAUGCUUGUGCUGUCAAGACAGGUUAUGAAAAUGACGUUUUUGUGGCAAACUCUAUCAUUACAAUGUAUGCCAAAUGUGGAAGCCUUGAAGAUGCUCAUCAGAUCUUCAAUGAUAUCAAUUGCCAUGAUCUUAUGUCGUGGAAUGCUUUAAUCUCUGGUUAUAGUCUUCAUGGUAAAGGACAAAGGCCACUCCUUCUGUUUGAACAAAUGAAGGCAAAAGGCUUCACUCCUGAUGAGAUCACAUUAUUGGCGAUCCUCCAAGCCUGCAGCUACUCAGAUCUGAAUAUUGGUAGGCUGGCUUCCAAAAUUCUGCUUGAUUUGUCUCCUGAAGAGGCUGGACCUUACAUACUCGUUUCGAAUAUGUAUGCUGGGAAAGGAAUGUUACCUGAGGAAGCUAGGGUGACCUUCAUGUGGAGGGAGUUGUGUUGUGCCUUACAAUUUUAGGAGUAGGACAACACUUCCAGUUCCCUUUCAGGCUGCAUAUUACUGGGACAGUAUUUUUAUUUCACCAGGCAAGUGAUCGCUUAAGUGAUGAAUUGAAGAUCCUAGCGUUCUGCUCUCUGUUUUCCCUUCCGCAUAUCGAAAGACAGUGGAAGAGGCCUAGAGAGAACAUGUAGUCAUAGAAGUCUCGGUGGUCCUCAUAGUUCAACUAGCAGGUUGAGACAAGGCGUUCAGUGAGCUGCUUGUGCUGUAAGUUCAGCAUCAUCAACUGUGUCGAGAAGAUGAGACGUCAAAAUGUUCAACAGCCGCGGGAAUGAAGGAUUUGUAGUAUGUUGGCUAACGAAUCAUGUCAUCAACUUACUGGAAAAAGGUGCUCUUUUAUAUUCAUCCCCACAAGGUAAUGAAUGAAAUAUAAUGCUCCCUGCCUUAUUUGCAGAUGAGUUCACUGAAUUUUCAAUUUUGCUACCAUGCUGAUGAGUAAGCAUCAGCACGGGCUAGUGCCAUUGCAUCACAUGGUCAUGUGAUCUCAGUUGUUGGAUGUACGGCAUGGUUAUGUGCAAUCCAACAACGUCAACCAAUAUGCACAGUUCCAACAGCUUUGCCCACUACAGACAGUUUCUAGCGAUUAGUUCUUGCAUUGAUAUCAUUUGAUGGAUGCAACGUAUCAUUCUGCACUCAUCCAUAGCUUGAGAAAUGAAAAGAAAAAGGUCGCGUUCACAAAAGGGACAGCAUCAUAGUCUACCUCCAAAAUGAAGGGUGGAAGCUACAAUGCAUUUUACGAAACUCAGGCUGUGUAUUUCCGAGGCCAAAAGGACAGCAUCGUUAACAGCUUGAAUGAGGAUAAUGCAGCCGGAGAAGACAAAUGCUCGGCCACUAGAGGGGGGAUUGCCAAGGAAUGUAAUAUCCACAGGUGAUACUCAGAUCAAACGUCGAUCUACCGACAAACGAGUCUCGAAUGUAAAUAUCCUCAGGUAAUACUCGACCAAACGCUAAUCUAUCGAUGAAAGUACAUUUUUUGUUGGAUAGUAUAUUUACAGAGUAGAAACAUUACAACUGUACAGUACUAAAAACAACAACAGAAAAAAAAAACCCUAAAAACACCUCAACACACACAACAGGAAGCAAAAUAUUUGCUAUGUGGUUUUAGUCCUUCACUUGCCACUCCACUCCACUCCACUCCACUCCCAGCCAUGACCAUAAUGGUGUCCUUAUCUAGGGUUGCUUGCCCUGCAAUUCAAAACAUUAUACAGGACCAAACAACCCUCCCCACUUAACUUGGCUAUCAAGUAACCUCCUUUUCUGGGUUUCUCUUUGAGCAGAGGGAGAUAUAUCUAUAUAUCAUUAUCUAUAUAUCUCUUCUAUUUCAGAAGAAGGACCUCUUGGUUGGUGCUUUCCCAACUGCUCUCAUCAAAUUGGCGACCUCGAGGAUUCUGGCAACUUUGGUCCCUCUCUUGGCUUCUGCAGAUGCCCUCCUCUCCUCUGCUUUCCUGUGUGCUUUGGCCACCUUGUUCUGCAUCUUCUCUAGUGCCCUAGCCCUCCUCUCCUCCAGCUUCCUCUCAAUCUUCUUCAUCCAGGCAUUAGCCUUCUGCACUUUCUCGUUCUCCCACCCGCUAAUAAUCGCUUCGUCUCUCUUCAACCUGUUGUUCACCUUCGCAAUCUCCUCGUUCUGCCACGCGCCGAUCUUCGUCUCCACUUCCUCCUUCUUCACCCUCCCCACCGUCGACACUCCUCCCCCUCCGCCGCCCAUCGCCGCCGACGACGCGGCGGAGCCUCCCCUUCCCCACGGCGCCAUCACCGGAUUGUGAUCGGCGACGAUCGCCAGAGGGUUCGUCUCCACCACCACGUCGUCGUCGUCCUCUCCGAUCCUCGCCAAGUAGUUGUUCACGUUGGCGGCGGCGGCCGCAGCGGCGGCGGUGGUGACGUGUUCCGGCCCUCCUCCGGUGUCGGCGGCCGAGCCGGCGAGGACGAGGGCGUUGAACUCCCUGCUCAUGGUGGUGAAGUUCUCGCUCGAGGCGGUGGUCCCCAGCUCGCCGCUGCUCAUCAGCAACGAGGAGGGGCGGCUGAGCGGCGGCGGCGGCGGGGGGCGCGGCGGGGUCAGCGCGUAGAUGUCACGUAUCGUGACUUCGGUUUCGUGGUCGUCGGUUUCGUCGUCAUCGUGGUGGUGGUCGGCAUGGGCUCCUCUGCUGGCAGAGGAGGAGGAGGAGGAAGGGGUGCUGGCUAUGGUUGCCGGAGGAGGGGGGGAGGAGGAGGAGGUGGCGGCGGCGGCGGCGGUGCGGCGGCUGUUGUUGGGACGGCGGUGAGAGCUUGAGAACAUAGGGAGCAAUGCAGUGAGAGAGUUUUAAGAGUGUGGGAAGGGAAAUUGAUGAGUGUUUUUUUAUAAUUUUGGAGGGUGGGAAUAGUAUGAGUAGCUAAAAGCAUGAAAAUGAUUUUUGCAC